AUGGGGAUAGGGGAAGAGAGCAAGCCUCCUAAUCCUUGCAAACCAGCUUCUUCAGCUCAGUAUUGUCCUAGAGCUACGCAGCCCCCAUUUUUUGCCUCAACAGUUGCUUCUACAACUCCCCAACCCUAUCUAUCAAGAAGCCAGCAUCUGUUGAUCCCACCAUAUAGGACGCCAGUUCCAUGCCCUGGUUUAUUGCCUCGAUGGGGAGUUUAUACUCAUCCUAAUAUGACCACGACUCCAAACCCACUACAUGUCAAUGUAGAGUUGGAAGGGAAGGGCCCCAAUGAAAAUGAUCGAGUUUGUACUAAAAAAUCCAUGGGAACUCCUGGAAGCGCAGGCAAUGACGGUGCUUCACAUUGUUUCUCUUACUUUCUUGUUAAUAGUGUUGAUAGUGGUAAUGAGGGUACAUUAGAUGCAAUUGAAAAGAAUAAUGAGAAACAGGAUUCUUAUGGAAGAAAAGAAGGAGCCAAUGCACAAAGUCACACUAUUGGGGCCAUUGGUGAAGCUUCAAUGCCUCCUGCCUCAUUACCACUUGUGAUGGGAUCUGAAUCUGUAAUGACUGAGCAAUUGAUGCAGCCCAAACCAACAUUACCGACCGUCACCGUAACCGACUUGGCGGUGACGGUCGGUGGCGGUACAAAUCAUUUUUACAAAAAGUUGGUGAAUUUACCGACUUUACCGACUUUGGAGAGGAAGCAAAAAAUUCCUACUGUAACCGACCGUAACCAACCAACGCGCAGCCCUAAUGAGUAG